UGGGAGUCCAGUUUCGCCAUGGCGUUCAGCUGCCAUCAUUGGUUCCGAAAACAAGGGCGGUCUCCACUGCCGUCACUGCCGUCUGGCAGCCUAUUGGAGCCAGAAGCGGUUCCGGUCCUUCCAACGACAGAGUGGAACGCUCUCAGUGAUGAUUUGCGGCAGAUGAUCUUAAGCUUCUUGUUAGGCGACUUGAAGAUGUGUGGCACCUUGAUGGCCAUGAACCACCAGAGUUGCCUCGCCGUGAAAUCGCCCAACGCUUGGAGGGACAGCGUGAUCACCGUUCCGCGGGAAGUCACCAGGAUCAAAGGUCUACUGGAGAUGGCCCGCAAUUGGAAAUUCGCUAGCAAAGCGAUCUUGCCGGCGUUCCCACAGAGGAAAGUGUUGGAAGAGCAUCUUCGACUGCAAUGUCCUGCACUGACUGUCUCUGUCAAAGGAGAAGGACCCGUGAUGUUCUUCGUCAUGAGUUGUCGACUUCGCUUGGGUACCCUGAUGCCUUUGCAUUUCUUCGAACCCAGAUAUCGCUACAUGUGUCGCCACCUAUCCGUGGGCGGCGUCUUUGGCUUCUUGAACGAGGGUCGUGGUGUGCACUGCGGCGUCAGCGGGGUGCUAUGUGAGGUGAUGGAUUUGAGCAUGAAUUCCAAUGGCACCUACGAUGCCCUCAUUUUGGCUAAGUCGUCCUUCACCUUGGCCGAGGUUUGGAUGGAGCCUAUGCCCCGUGGUGACCCCUUAGCUGUGGGUUUCAUCACCGCCGUCGAUGGCGCCGCAACUGCACCAGCAUCAGCUGUAGGGCGGCGCAAUACCUGGCGUUGCCUGCAGGGCUGGCGCUGGCUGCGGUGCCGGCGCUAAGAUGGGUGAACACGCAUGAGAGGCCGUUCAAGGGGGUUUCUGCAUCCUGUACAUAGAACGGGUAUGUCACAAACUCGGGAUUAAUC